AUGUCUUUAACUGGUGAUGAUGCAUCUAUUGAUCCUAUUGAAGCUGAAAUACUUUCGGUUCGAGCUAUGUGGGAAAAACUGGACACUUUCUUACAAGAAAUUCCAUUUUUUAAACAACUUGGUUUGGAAAAAAUAAAGAGAAUUUCUGAACGAGGUGAGAUGAAAGAAUGUCUUGUUGGUGAAAUACUUGUACGUCAAAAUGAAAUUGCUAAUUUAUUUUAUAUAAUAUUACAAGGUCAAGCUAAUUGUUAUACAGAAUCUGAUGGUUCACUUGUUCCAAUGGCUGUGUUAAGAUGUGGCGAUUUCUUUGGGGGCAAAAGUUUAUUUAAUAAUUUGCCCAGUGUAGCAACAGUUGAAGCUGAAGAUGGUCUCAUUUGUUUCACUAUGACUGAUCGAGCUUUUCAAGAAGAAUUAACACCUGUUAUUAAACAGCUUCAAGAAGCUGCUAAUCAAUAUCAAAUGUUUAUCGAGCAACAGAUUUAA